UGUGCGCCGUGAGUUCGUCUCUGAUUCGUUCCUUCGUGUGGUGUGAUGAUAUUUCCAGUGAUCGCGUUUGUUGUGCUUUUUUUUCUCUCCUUUCAUCAAACCGGACACGGACACAGACACACACACACACACUCACAUACACAUCAAAUUUGAUUAAAAUAAAACUCAUUCAGUGUAAUGCAAUUUGGAAUUGGUUUGACGACAACAACAACAGCAGCCACAAUGAUGACGAACUCAUUGUAAACUUGAUUCAUAUAAUUGUGAAUGAAGCAAAAAUACUUUUUUCCCUCUGUUCAAAAAAACUUGUUUCACCAUUUCACAUGUCAAAUGGGUGCAGUGUGCCACAGUGGAAAGUGUGUUGUGAAAUUUUAAAAUUAACGGUCGUUAUUGAAUAAAUCGCAUUAAACUGAAUCAAAUUAAUAAAGAGAGAGAGAAAAACGAAUAAAAUAUUAUUUGCAAUUAUAUCGAGAGCGAACAUCAUCAUAUUAACUGAUAAACAAGUUGAUAACAAAGAACCCAACUGACGAACAAAAUUCAUUUCGUCCUUUAAAUUUUGACCAAAUAAACAAAUAAACUCUGUGCUCGAAAAUUACCGAAUAUAAAUGAAUUCACGCGCCACCAAAAUAUAUUCCGAAAAUUCGGUAUCAAGGAUUAUUAUGGGAUGCUUAGUGUGGCAAUAAUAUCAGCAUUACAAGGAACUAUGCCAAAAAGUAGCAAGCAUACAAACGGCAAAAGUGAUAAAUUAUUCAUUUGCGGCGAUCUGAAAUGUGGAGCUGCUUUGUUACUGUGUGAAGCACACAAUAUUUAGAGAGAUGUUUUACAAUAAUUGUUGAGUGAGUGUUCAACAGCAGCAGCAGCAGUAGCCAAAGCGCAAGAAUUUCGAUGAGUGAAACGAGAAUAAGAAAAUACCAAAUUCUUCUCUCCCCUUCUAUGCGCGCCAAAAAUUGAUGUCGAUAAUAAUUGAUCGAAUAAAAAGGAAAAACGAUCCAUUCAAACGUUCAUAAGUUGCAAAAGUGGUUUGAAUUUCGAGACGAGAACGCGAUAUAUGUAUAUAGUGUCCGUCGUCCGUGUCUUCAAAGCUUGUGACAUCAGAAGCACCAAAAGCAGCAGCAGCAGUAAAACAAAUUGUUACCGAUUGAUUUUAUGAUUCGGAGCCCUGUGCAAUGAUACGAAAUGUGGCCUCGGAUGAUGGUUUCGGCCUGUAGAGAUAGAGCUUCGUCCUUUCUUUUCGUUAAUAGACGCAACGAGAAUCAACGCUCCGAAUCAUCCAGUUCAUUGGGAAACAGUAAUUUUGGGCACAGUAACAUCAAUUUAUAUAAUAAUUAUGCAAGUGCAUCGUAUGCAACCUAUACAGCACCUCAGUAUACAACGGCAAAUCCGAAUCGUUGCCCGGCUAAUGCCAAUAUUAAGCCAACUUCGAGCUGCGCUACAGCUGGCGAUCAUUCAGAAGGGAAAACGACCAAUAAACCACCGGCAUCGAUACGAUGCGGCCACCAUGUGCUACGAAAAUCGAAUGGCAACAACGGCGGCAGUGACACGGUAGUAGCCAACAAACACGAACGACAGUUUAAUGAGUCUGUGAUAGAGGAGGGACAUAAUAACAAUUUCGAUCCGCCACCUUCUGAAAUAGCAGGUUCAAGCGCAACAACAGCCAAUUCGUCGACCAAAUUGGGUACAUUUCGUCGAAUGCUGAAUGCGAUCCGGUACUGCUUCACGAAACGUAGCCGAACGAAAAAGCCGGAUUGGCUAUUGGAUAAACAUCCACAUCGUUCGCGUUCAAAGAGUAUACCAUCGGAGGAUGUACCAUCGGAUGCAUCAGCAGCAAAUAUAUUAUGCAGUCACCUGUCGGUUGAUCCGUCCCUGCCAUCACAUUAUCGGUGGUUAGCUUUAGUGUCAUUGGCUGUGCUGUAUAACAUUGUAUUCGUGGUUGGACGUGCGGUUUUUUGGGAAAUCAAUCGAAAUGUACCAGCGCUGUGGUUCAUUCUGGAUUAUAUAUGUGAUACUAUUUAUUUGAUCGAUAUAUUAGUGCAUUGUCAUGAAGGUUAUUUAGAUCAAGGCCUUUUGGUGCGUGAUGCAGCCAAGUUGCGGAAACACUAUUUCACAACAAAAGGAUGGCGUCUGGAUUUUUUAUCGGUGUUGCCGACAGAUUUCGCAUAUUUUUGGUGGAUGCCUGGCAAAUGUCACAUCCAAGUGCCAGGCCCAGUGAUUGUGCGAUUAAAUCGGCUAUUUCGUCUUCCGAGAAUGCUCGAAUGGUUUGAACGUACCGAAACGGCAACCGGUUACCCAAAUGCAUUCCGUAUUUGUAAAGUUGUUUUAGCGAUUUUAGUUUUAAUCCAUUGGAAUGCCUGUUUGUACUUUGCAAUUAGCUUUGCCCUUGGAUUCGGCUCCGAUAAUUGGGUGUAUAAUAAUAAUGGCACAGUCAAUUCAACACUGUCACGACAGUAUAUUUACUCAUUUUAUUGGUCAACGUUGACCUUGACCACGAUCGGUGAGACGCCAACACCCGAGAACGAUGUCGAAUAUUUGUUUGUCGUGGCCGAUUUUCUGGCCGGCGUUCUCAUCUUUGCCACCAUUGUCGGUAACAUUGGUUCGAUGAUAUCGAAUAUAAACGUGUCACGGGUCGAAUUCCAAAAUCGUAUGGAUGGUGUGAAGCAGUAUAUGGCUUUUCGAAAAGUGGGCCACGAACUUGAAGCGAGGGUAAUACGAUGGUUUGCGUACACAUGGGCUAGGAGCGGAGCCCUCGACGAAGAACGUGUACUGUCUGCAUUGCCGGAUAAAUUCAAAGCCGAAAUUGCGAUUCGCGUUCAUAUGGAUACAUUAAAGCAAGUGCGCAUCUUUCAAGAUUGCGAACCCGGGUUGCUGGAGGCGCUGGUAUUAAAACUUAAGCUACAGGUAUUCAGUCCGGGGGAUUAUAUUUGUCGCAAAGGUGAUGUCGGAAAAGAGAUGUAUAUUGUGAAACGAGGUCGAUUAUCGGUGGUGGCUGACGAUGGUGUCACUGUAUUGGCAACACUUGGUGCUGGCUCCGUUUUUGGUGAGGUCUCUGUACUCGAUAUACCCGGCAAUAAAACUGGUAAUCGCCGUACAGCCAACGUUCGAUCACUUGGUUAUUCGGAUCUGUUUUGUUUGGCCAAGCGAGAUUUAUGGGAGACACUGGGCGAUUACCCAGAAGCGAGAGCAUCGUUAACCGAACGCGGUUGUCAACUGUUACGAAAGGAUGGUUUGCUCGAUGAAGACCUCUUCGCAAAGGCAUCCACAGUACAAGAAACGCUGACCGAUGGCGUUCACAAGCUGGAAAAAUCCAUUGAUAACCUGAACAUACGAUUGGCUCGUCUCCUUGCCGAAUAUUCGGCCAGCCAAGCCAAACUUAAGCAACGUAUUGCCAAAUUGGAAUUAAGUGCCAUGAAUACAUCACCGAUGUCGGAUACGCUCGACGAUGAUCUACUGCUAUUUCGAAAGAAUCGACUUUAUUCGAUGCAACCGCGACAGAGAAAACCGCGACUAUCGCUGACAUUCACCCGAAAAGGCACCAUUUAAAUAGUAUACACGACGAUCGUAGCAAACAGCACACUCACGUGCACACACGAAUUAGCGGAGUGUGUGUGUCUGCUUGUGUAUGGUGUGGUGUCAUCCAAAUUACUUAAGCGGUGUGUAUGUGUGUGUGUUGUUAACUAUCUGGAUUUAUUACAAACACCGGGCACAAACACCACACACACAUUUGAAAAUAAGUUAUUUUUCGAAGAAAAGAAGAAAAGAAGAAAUUAUUACGAACAAAAACAAAAACACAACAAAUCUUUUAUGCAUAACCAAUUUUAUUCGAUUGAUUUUAAGAUUUAGUUCUAAGUUGUAUUUUAUCGUAUUCACAUAUUGCUUUAUGUUUAUACAACAGCGAUAAAAACAUGGGAAUUCGCUUUGACACAUCUUUCGAUCGAAUCUGCAUCUAUUCAUCAUUCUAUAUGGUUUUCCACAUCUUGAUAAACGACACUUUUAAUUUGAUGCGGUUAAACCAGUUUUUUGAUAUUUGCUAGAUAAUUUCCGUGACAUCUAUUUACAGCUUUUUCAUUCUCUUUUGAUUGAACGGCAUUUUUUCGUUUGUUUUUCUCUUCUUGUUCUAUUUUUUUUUCCUUUGCUUCUUCUGUUGGCGCCUCCAAUUAUUCCCCAUUCGAUUAGCAUAAUCUCCGUAAAUCUGUUUGAUUUUUUUUACUUUCUGUUGUUCUUGUGUUUCGGUUGCAAACGAUUUGAUUUGAGUAAGUUAAGGAUUUCUAUCUUGUAUAAGAGUAUUGAAAAUCAAAACAUUGGUCAUAUAUAUUGGAACUCUCGAUUCUCUAGAAUUUAAUUCAGUAGUUCUGAAAUUGCGCGAAACAUUUCUAAACACUAAAUGAAGACAACAAACACUAAAACUAAAAAAAAGAAUUCAUUUGGAUUUAAUAUCGUUAGUUUAUUCGAAAUUUGUCUAUAAAAUGAAAAGAAUGAAUUAAAGACAAGAAAAAAAACGCGUGAAAAUGUGGGAAAAAUUCAUUUCAAAUUGCUGUUGAUGAUCAAAUUCGAAGAAAACGAAUCAAAACUCAAUAUUUCUCUGCUUAACAUUUACCGAGAACUCAAUCAAAAUCAUUUUUUAACAAAAAUUCUCCAAAAUUAAACAUAAAUCUAAACACACACACACACAACUGGAACUAACCAACAAUGCGUUACUCUCUUUGUAGAAACAGAAAAAAAAAUCAAGCAAAACUUUCAAUUUGUCGGAUAGAACUUUAAAAUUACAUAAACGACCUAACUGUCGAAAAAUCCUCCCACACCAUUUAUAAUUCAUUUUUGAAAUAAUGUUGUGACCAGUUUUUCGUUUCUUCUUUUCAACGGGCAGAAACAGAACAGAAAAACAAACACGAUUUAAAUAAAUACAUUUCUCCGAACAUAUUUCGUGACGCUACACUGUCAUUUUUGUAGGGACGCAUUUUUGGAAUUCUUCAUAUUGUAGAGAUAUGCAUAGAUGUAAUUUAAAACACUAAAAUAUAAUCUAAAUGCAGAGAAUGAAACAAAAAAAUAGAUUUGAUUUCGAUGGAAAAAGGUCAACAACAACAGCAACAACAACAACAACAAACUUGAACAAAUAAAUGUUAUAGAUAAUAAAUAGAUCUUAAAACUUAAUUGUAAAUACAGAGGACAAGUGUAAUUGACACAACAAAAAAAACAAAA